UUUCCACUCAUCAUCCCCCAGGAUAUCUUCUAUCUCAUUCUCUCUCUCUCUAAAAUGGCUUUGGAGGCUCUGAAUUCUCCUACUAGUACUCCCAAUUCAAUGUUCAGUGAAGAUGAUCUUCACUCGCUCGAGGCUUGGACUAAGGGAAAGCGAUCUAAACGUCACCGUUUUGAUCAGAAUCAGCCUUCCGCUGAGGAAGAGUACCUCGCUAUCUGCCUCCUCAUGCUCGCUCACAGUGGCGGCAACAACAACAACGAUAACACCGCCAAUACGAAGUCGUCUUCCCCCCCUGUUCCUUCCUCUUCUCCUCCUCCAAUGAAGCUUUCUCAUAAGUGCUCUGUUUGUAACAAGUCCUUCCCGUCGUACCAGGCGCUCGGAGGACACAAGGCCAGCCACCGCAAGUCCUCCUCCUCCGAUCAUCACCCUAACGCCGACAAUUCCUCCGCCUCCAUCUCCACCGCCUCGAUCACCGCCACCGCCACUGUGGGCGGCAGUGGGAAGUUGCAUGAGUGUUCCAUCUGUCACAAGGCCUUCCCGACAGGUCAAGCCCUCGGCGGCCACAAGCGCUGCCACUAUGACGGUGGCAACGCCAACAACAGCGGUCCCGGUGGAACGACGGUGAUCACGUCGUCUGAGGGGAACACCUCAUCAGUCACCCACAGCCACCGUGGAUUUGACCUGAACCUCCCUGCUCCUUUGACGGACAUCUCCCUGGCAGGGAUCUUCGGCGCCGCCGGGAAGAGUGUGAAGAUUGGAGAAGAAGAGGUGGAGAGCCCGUUGCCGGCGGCUGCCAAGAAGCCUCGUUUCUUCAUGGAUUGAAGAAUGAAGAUGAUCGAUAAUGAUCAAGCAGCUUCUUCAUCAAAAAUUGAUCGGAAUUCUUGUAAUUAGAGUAUUGAAUCAGAUAGAUUCAAGAAUUUGAUCAUAUCUCGUUGUUCUUUUUUUUUUCUUCUUCUUGAUUUUGGGGUUAUGCGGAAAUCGGAUUAACUUUCCAAGUUCGAGAUUUUGUUUUUUUUGCAUUGUUCCUCUGUACAGACAGACACAUUGGUUCAUUAUUGUGUUUGGAAGCUAGUCCUCUAUAAUUAUAAUUUAUUCUCACCAUUUGUAUAUAUCCAUUUAGUUCAUGGCCA